UUUUAUUUUUAUUUUAUGUUAAAUUGUGCGGGGUCAGUUGGAAUAACACCCAAGAAAGAUGCUCUCCUGGCUGAUCUGGAGACGACCACCUCCCAUAUCUCCAAACGCCCAGUUCUACUCACCGAUUCCGGGGGAGCCGUAAACCAAGACAGGGCUCCAGUUUCCAAGCCGGCAACGUCAUCGUACAACUCUCAGCAGCAGGCCGGAAAAGCAGCCAUGCCAGCAGAUCCAAUCCCAACAUCAACCCUGCAAGGCGGGAGUGACAAGGAGCAUCUGUAUAGUACGGUCUGCAAGCCUCUCUCGCCCAAGCCGAAGGAAGGGGCCCCUCCACCGUUCUCCUCCUCCAGCGGGGUGCUCGGAGCUGGACUUUGCGAACUGGAUCGGCUUCUCCAAGAACUGAACGCAACCCAAUUCAACAUCACCGAUGAAAUAAUGUCCCAGUUCCCAUCCAGCAAAAGUCCUGCUGCAGACAAGGACAAAGAGAGACCGGACGAUUCGACAGACGGUACUUCUCUAUCCCGGUCAACAACUUCUCCACCUGCCAAGCCGUCUGCCACCUCAGCGACUCUGGAGCUGGACAAGCUCAUGGCUUCCCUGUCGGAUUUCCGCGUCCAGAGCAAUCUUCCGGGAGUUUCUGCCACCACCACCGCCACCACCACCACCACUGUUUCACCAGCACCUGCUCCUGCCCGAGUGUCCCCAGCGCAGCAGCCUGUGGUGUCGUCUGUCUGCCCAGGUCCCACUGCUGUGCCCUCCCAGACGUCCCCAGGCCAGCCGAGUGGGAAUCUGGAUAGCAUGCUCGUGAUGCUGGAAUCAGAUCUCAGCCGCCAGGGCAUUUCCACCACAGCUAAGGGGCUGUGUGCUUCCUGUCAGAAACCCAUCGCUGGGCAGGUGGUAACCGCUUUGGGGAGUACUUGGCACCCAGAACACUUUGUCUGCACCUAUUGCCAGAAGGAGAUGGGGGGCAGCAAUUUUUUUGAGAAGGACGGCUCCCCUUACUGUGAGAGAGAUUACUUCCAGCUCUUCUCUCCCCGUUGCGGAUUCUGCAAUGAACCCAUCCUGGAUAAAAUGGUGACUGCGCUGGAUAAGAAUUGGCACCCGGAACACUUUUGCUGCGUCAAGUGUGGGCGGCCCUUUGGAGAGGAAGGCUUUCACGAGAAAGAUGGGAAGCAGUAUUGUCGCCAGGACUUCUACGAGCUCUUCUCCACGCGCUGUCAAGGGUGCAGCCAGGCCAUCUUGGAGAACUACAUCUCGGCUCUCAAUGCCCUGUGGCACCCAGAAUGUUUUGUUUGCAGGGAAUGCUACACCCCAUUUGUGAAUGGCAGCUUCUUCGAGCACGGCGGGCGCCCGUUCUGCGAAAUCCAUUAUCACAAGCAACGCGGCUCGCUCUGUUCUGGCUGUGAGAAACCCAUCACCGGCCGCUGCAUCACAGCCAUGGCGCGGAAGUUCCAUCCGGAGCACUUUGUCUGUGCCUUCUGCCUCAAGCAGCUCAACAAGGGCACCUUCAAGGAGCAGAAUGAGAAGCCCUACUGCCACCCCUGCUUUAUCAAGCUCUUUGGGUGACUGGGAGGGGCCCUGGCCCCACUGAGGUCAAGCCACGCCUUCUGCUGGCAUGGGAAAGGGGGAGGGCCCAUCGUCGGCUUUUGAGUGAGCCACGCCCACUGCCACGGAUGGAAAAACCUGUGCCUUAGGGCCUCCAUCCCAGGAGCCCAUACACCGUUGCCAAAAGCCACACCUGUAGAUCAGAGCCACACGCAAACAAGCAAGGAGGGAAGCAGGAUGGAUCUGCUCCUCUCACUCUUCUCAGGAGCUAGGCCUCUGUUCCCGCACAAGCAGCCAAGCGUUAUCUCCCACCCCAUCACAGGCUACUUUAAACCACCAUGCCAGCCAGCACCAGCACUUCUGAUAGGAGGCACUGCCUUAAGCCACAUCCACAAGACUUUGAGGCCCUCAAAGCAGGAGACCCAGCUGUGAUGGAACCACACCUCUGGUGUCUCUACCAUUAUGUCCAAUUGUACGGGAUGGGGGCAUGGGGGUUGAGCUGCUCUGCCCUACAGCUCUUCUAAACCAUAAAGCCACCCUUCUGGGAGGUGGCCAAAUCACACCCAAGGUUCUUUGGAACAUCUUGCUGUUCUUGUCCUGGUAUUUAAUUAGUGGAGAGCAAUGACUACAUUGUUCCAGGUCUACCUGAAAGCCCUCAUGAUCUCAACCCCCAAAUUUAUUCUGUUAUAACCAAGGAGGAUUAAUAUUAACUCCUUAGCCCACUUCUUCUUUUUUUUAAUCAUGUAGGAAUGCAGAACUUGUAACCGUCCAAACUUUGCUAAAAACUGUAACUCCCAGAAGCUCCAACUGGCAUACCCAACAGAGAGAGAUGCUAUGAAAAAGCUUAAGAACACCUGGAGCCUUCCACACUGGUUUAGGGUUGAGUUCUGAUGCGCUGAGUGAUUCAUUUGUGGAGCUGGGGUAUGUCGUUCUCCUGUAAGGGGGUGAGGGUUAUCAACGUUUCUAAAGACAUUAGUGGCCCAAGCAUCUUUGUCAAUGGUGGGGGGAAUGACAAAGCUCACAUCGUUGUGCAAUACUGCAGCUUAUACAUUUGCAUCAGAUCUGAGGUGCAAGUAUUUAAGGGUGGUGGUUGCAUCGUGAUGUCACCUUGCACAUGUUAUUUUUCCCUCCUUGUGGCCUGCUGUGGAGGUCUCUGGUUUACAGGAUGCUGGAGUUCCUUGAAGGAGCUUUUGAUAAGGGACCAGCUGAUGUGGAAGAAAAGGAUGUGGCGUGUUGUACUCCCCCCUUCCCUUGCGUGUUGAAAAAAAUGCCACAAAUGAUGACACCACUUCUUUUAUUUAAUAAAAAAAAAAAAAACUGGAGAAAGUAGGGAGGGGAAAUAGGUCAAAGCUUGUUGUCUGGCUGUAUCAGGGCCAUUUUUAUCUUAUUGUAUAAACCCCCAUGGUGGCUUUUAUUAUGAUGCAACUUGGCCGGGAAUAAGGAGCAUGCGCUCUUCCUUCUGCCAUUCAUUUUUAUGCCAACUUUUUACCUGCUCACUGCUGUAUUAUAUAAUAAAAUUCACUUAAAACAA